AUGAAUUCUAGUGUUCUCAUUUUGAUUGCAACUAUAUUUUUGAUUCGAGUGAAUGCAGACAUCCAACUCGGAUGCAAAUCAGACCCGCUGCCAGAGGCUAAUGGAAUGUGUCCAGAUGGAUACACAAAAAUAACAGCAGGGGGUUGUUGUCCAGAUGGCGAUGUUUACAUCAUCCCUGUUACCACUACAACCACAACUACCUUGGCGCCUACCACCACCACAACCACUUCUUCCGGAACAUGUCAGGAUAAACUAAACCCAAAAACUGGAGUCAGUGACUGUCCCGGAAUGAAAGCAUACUGUAACAAUCCGGCCUACGUGAAUGUGAUGAAAGAUCAAUGCCCGAUGACUUGUGGAUACUGUACCGGCCCGAGCACCUGCGUCGACAAAAUCAACCCACAGACUGGUGUUAGUGACUGCCCCGGAAUGAAAGCUUACUGUAACAACCCAAUCUAUCAUGACGUCAUGAAGGAUCAGUGUCCAAAGACUUGCGGUUAUUGUUGA